AUGUCGACAUCCAUAACGGAUCCUAAUGUCGAUCGCCUUCUGGAAUUCUGGUUCGAUCCGCAGUACCCCAUGACUCGCUGGUUCGUGAAGGAUGACACGUUGGACCACCGGAUCAAGACAAACUUUGGCAACUUGGUGGCAAAAGCCCGCACAACAGAGCUCGACACGUGGUGCAAAGAUCCAAAAGGAACCCUCGCUCUAAUCGUGCUCCUCGACCAAUUCAGUCGCAACAUUUACCGGGGCACAUCUGAUUCAUUCGCAGCCGAUGAAAAGGCCCGAGAGGUUGCCAUUACUGGAAUAGCCAAAGGCUUUGAUAGACGAGUCUCCCUCAUCCAACAGAUGUUCCUUUACCUCCCGUUGAUGCACCAUGAGUCAAUACUCGGCCAGAUCGCUAGCAAAGCACUGUUUGAAGGGUUGGUGAAUCGUUGCGAUUUGGGGACCCAGGAGCACGAACAAGCAAAAGUAGCGUCUGCUUCCGCACAAGCACAUGUCGAUGUGAUCUUGAAGUUUGGGAGAUUCCCUGCGAGAAACAAGGCCAUAGGACGAACCUCAACGGCCGAGGAAGUAGCCUUCCUUGACGAAUAUCCAGCGGGUUUGAAACCGAUAUGA